GUUUCUUGAUUCUGUCUUCUCUUCUAAUCAAAAGUUCAAAUCUUUUGGACAAACCAAGAAAUGGAAGAUCGAAGCAGGUGAAAAUGACGAGAAGGAGAGACGGUAACAAGGGUUCCUUUCAAGGAGAUGGUUAGAACGGCGUCGUUUGGAACCAGCUCAAGCUUUGUACUUCGUCUUGGGCAAACUCUGUUUUCCUCUGCCUCGCUUCUUUUCAUGUGCUUUAACGAUGACGAAGAUUUCUACGCUUACACUGCCUUCUGUUAUUUAGUCACAGUCAUGGGUUUAGUGACACCUUGGAGCGUGGCGUUAGCCCUAAUGGAAGCUUACUCAAUCAUCCUCCAAAAACUUCCAAUGCAAGCAACAGUUAUAUCUGUCAUCGUCGCUGGAGAUUUUGUAAGUUUUGUCGUUUUUGUCUUUGGGAGGUGCAUGCUCGACCGUGAGCGUGGCCGUACUUUUGAUCGGCGCCGGAGAGAAGCAAUGUGAUCUGUAUAAGUUAUCGGCGACAAUGGCGUUUUUGUCUUCGUUUCUUUCAUUUGCUUCCACUUUAUUUAAUUUUCGUCUUCUCCCUUCUCUAAUGUCUCACUAAUUAGAUUUCAUUUCACCAGUCUAUGGUUAUAUAAUUAUAUUCUUCCUUUUGUAUUUGUUGCAGAAUAAUUUUCCUUUGCUUCG